AAGCCAAGACAGCGAGCGAGAUGCUUUCCCAGUGCCGCGUCUCCUUGCUUCUAUUGCUCACCCUGGCAGUCCUGGUAUGCGUGGUGGAGCCCAGACACCUGACUCGAAGAAACGCGCUCGCUGCCAAGAUCGCCCAGAGGAGGAUGGGAGACAUCGAGUUCCUCCAGCAGAUUUUCAACAGGACCGUGGAAGGCGACAUGGAAGAGGCCUUCUCCAUGGUCGUCGCCAGGGUUUCCGACGACCUCUCCAACACCAUGUCCAAGAUCACCGACUUCCUGGAGGAAGUGAGGCGCAACAUAACCAUGAACGCCAACAAGGCUGCGAAGAAGGAGAGCGCUGAAAGUUCCGAAGAAGCGCCGAAGUGAGCCUCAACAGCAGACGUCUAGGAACGACAACUGUAAGAACUGCGUGGCAUUUCAAUAAAAAAAAUUUGAGUCACA